UCAAACAAAACUUUAUGUAUUGUAUGAACUUCAGAGAUUGACGAACAUAGAUGAAUUAUGUAUAAUCUAAUGCACAUGUUGGGAGUCCACUCAUUUCUGCCAUUGGUUGCGGCAUUUCGUCGAACAUAUUGCUGUCAUCUGUUACUUUCUAGAACCCCUAGUACCCAUGGCGAAGUACGGCGAGGGUGACAAGAGAUGGAUCGUGGCCGAGCGCGCAGACGGUAGGAACGUCCAUAACUGGCACUGGGUGGAGCGCGAUUGCCUCCAGUGGUCUCGCUCAUUUCUCUCCUCUGUCCUCUCCGACCUCACCAUCGUCGAAGACCAUGGUGGCAUUUUCAUCCGCACCGGAAACAUCGACAAACUCGAAGGCGAGGCCUAUGUCAACGUUAGGAAGGGAAGGGCCAUACCCGGCUACGAGCUCUCCAUCUCUCUCUCCUUGGAGGCAGAAGCACGCAGUGACUCCGAUGGGAGAGAAGAUAGCGCCGCGCAGCUCUUACGCUUUAAGGGAUCCGUUGAGGUACCUUUCCUCGGCGAUGAGAAUGCAGAUGAGGACCCCGAGGUCAAAUUCGUUCUUCGCGAUGGCGAUGGUCCAAUCGGCCUCCGGAUCAAGGACGCGUUUAUUGCGAAGGGAAAGCCGGCGAUUCUUCAAAAAAUUCGUUCCUAUGUGCAGGCUAUGUCGAAGGGUGGUCCGGCGAUGGACGAGCUGGAGACCGGAAAGUUUCCUCCGGUCUCCGAGAGAGCACAGUUGGCUACUGCAGUGACUGGGAGUCCUGCGGUGGAAGCCCCAUUAAAACAUGAAAAAGAGGGGUUCAAGACAAUCAGGAUGAUUGAGCGGUUUAACUGCAGGGCGACGGAUGUUUACGAGAUACUCAUGGAUGAGAAAAGUUGGAAAGGGUUUACGCACAGCAACGCGAGGAUUAGCAAGGAAAUUGAAGGUCAGUUUAGCCUUAUUGAUGGGUCGAUCACUGGGGUAAACGAGGAGUUGCAGGAAGGGAGACUCAUUGUGCAGAAGUGGAGAUUCAGUAGCUGGGCUGAUGGGAUCCAUUCAACCGUUAGGCUUGAAUUUGAUGAACCAGAUCCUGGUGUUGCCAUUGUAAAACUGACACAGAAUGGAGUUCCUGAAGAGGAUAGGUUUGGGAAUUAUUCAGUGAUUGAGAAUACUGAGAGGUGCUGGAGAGAGCUGAUAUUUCACCAGAUAAGAACACUCUUUGGCUUUGAAAUUUAAGUUCUUGUUAAAGAGCUGUUUUCUUCCUUAUAUGUUAAGUUUAUAGGUUGCGUUUACAUAUGAAGUGUAUGUAUGCGGCUUAGUGGUUGAGUUUCAGCUUCUUGAUUGUGAUCAAUCUGGUGAUUGUCUCCAUGUAACUUUCAUUAAACUAAGGGUGAAACUAAAUUCAAAAGUGGAAUUUUAUUUGAAUUUCUUACUUA